AUGGAUAUUUCCUGCUUAGAGUGACUUUUCUGGAUAGGAAUCCACUGCAUAUAUUGGGGUUUUUUUUGAAACUUUCUCUUUUGUAGUUGUUCUGUAUGAAUUUGGGUGGACUUCAGUGGGCCCAGUCAAGCCACCGGUAUCUACUUGGAAGAAGCUGGAGUCAAAAGGACCAAAACUGUUGUUUAUGCACUACUCAACAGUGAUAGACCAGGUUGCACAUAUGGAGAACCAUAAGAUGAAUCAGUCAUCUCCAAAUCAGCUCUUCUCUUAGGAAACGCAGCCAACUCCUCACAUCACGGAGGCCCAGCAUGAAUAUUAACUGUGCUGGUGGGACAGGCUGGUCAAGAAAUCUGGAGUCCAAUUGCUCUGUGGAAAACGUAACUGUAGCAGUCCAUGAGUCAGAAGAAAAUAACGUGGUGCUAGGGGGUCACAGCCCCUCUCCAGGUCUGAGGUCUGAGGGUUUAGAUCCUGAAUGCCGACACACUGCUUUCCUGGUGAGCCCCCACAUCAGUAGCAUGUUGUCCACUUCUGAAGACACGCACAACUGUCAUUUCCAAGAUGGGAAUAAAAGACAGCCAGAAUAUUUUAAUACCCAGGAACGCCACGGAGGCAGCACUUUGUCUUCAAGCAUCAGUUCCCAAGCACAGCCUCCAGAGAAAGUGACGCUUGUGGUAGAUGGCACUCGCUUUGCAGUGAAUCCACAGAUUUUCACUGCUCACCCUGAUACUAUGCUGGGAAGAAUGUUUGGACCAGGAAGAGAAUAUAAUUUCACCCGGCCGAAUGAAAAGGGAGAAUAUGAAAUCGCAGAAGGAAUUAGCUCGGCUGUGUUCCGGACCGUGCUGGAUUAUUACAAAACAGGGAUCAUUAAUUGCCCUGAUGGGAUUUCAAUCCCAGACCUUCGAGACACAUGUGAUUACCUCUGCAUCAAUUUUGACUUCAACACAAUCAAAUGUCAAGAUCUAAGUGCUUUGCUACAUGAGCUGUCCAAUGAUGGUGCUCACAAGCAGUUUGAUAGCUAUCUGGAGGAGCUGAUUCUGCCUAUAAUGGUGGAUAGCGCCAGGAAAGGGGAACGUGAGUGCCAUAUUGUCGUGCUGACAGAUGAAGACACAGUGGACUGGGAUGAAGAUCAUCCACCUCCAAUGGGAGAGGAGUACUCGCAAAUCCUUUACAGUUCCAAGCUGUACAGAUUCUUCAAGUACAUUGAGAAUCGUGACGUUGCAAAAGCUGUAUUAAAGGAACGGGGUCUGAAAAAUAUUCGCAUUGGCAUUGAAGGAUAUCCCACCUGUAAAGAGAAGGUGAAGAGGAGGCCUGGUGGCCGGUCAGAAGUGAUAUACAACUACGUUCAACGGCCAUUCAUCCAGAUGUCGUGGGAGAAGGAAGAGGGCAAAAGCCGUCACGUCGACUUCCAGUGCGUUAGGAGCAAAUCUCUAACAAAUCUAGUCACUGUGGGUGAUGACGUUUCUGAGGACCAUGAGAUAUUAAUGCAUCACCCCCCACAGGUAGAUGAACUGGACAGGCUAAACGCACCGUUCUCCCAAAUGGCUGUUAACGAUCUACCAGAUUAGUCAUGGCUCAGGGCAGAUAGGCCCACUUGAUCUGGAAACAUCUCAGCAUAGUUUCCACCCAGGUGAUGGAACAAACUCCUGCAAGGUGUUUUAUCCUUGUUCAUGCUCUUACUACAUUGUCUUAUUUCAAGCAUGUUAAUAAAGAGCCACACUCCCUAGUCUAACUGUGCAAUCAAAAGCAACGUCUCCUCCAACAGAAAGAAAUGAUGCUGUUUGCUUCCACUACAAAAACUUCCAGAUUGGUGGGUGCUGAAUCUUUUACCUAAACUUCUAAAAGAAGAGCAGAAGUAUUUGGUAUGAGAGAGAAAAUUCCAGGCCUCUCAAGACAAAGCUUUCUUUUACCAUUAGGCACUUAGGUUUGCUUUUGUGAUAAUUGGUUACAAAGGACCGAACAUCAAAACAAGACAGAUUACACUCUUUCAUCAACCAGCAGAAAUGUAGCACUGUUGUGACAGCAAAAUACUGUGUGGGGGAAUCUGCUUACACUGCCACCUGGCUUUGCAUCCAGUGAUGUUGUACUGCUGUUUUUAGGAAAGAUGAAACUAGUUUAGUAGGAAGCGUGUACCUGUUCACAGGAAUUUCCCCAUAUAUACUUCUGCAUAAGAGGGAAUCGCACUGGUUUUAGGGAUAUUGUUUCCGUUCAGUAAAAUGAGCAAUCAGGCUGAAGGAAAAAGCCCCAAAAAAGACUCUAGUUGAUAUUUUACAAACUAAGUGAAUCUGUUUAAUAGUGAAAUAGAUGCAAGAAGCUCUCUAGAGGUGACUGUGCAUGUUAAAGACUUGCAGUUUUCUUUUCCAUCCCUCUGCUAAGCCAAACAAAAGCCAGCGGAGGAGCUCUCUGUACAGGCAGGCUAACAGCCAAGUAAAGCCCUUGGUCCCAUCAGCCUUAGAGUUCCUGCUGACUUUCCAAGGAGUGCUCAACCCACAGGGCCCAUUGCAGCUUUGAAAGGCCAGCUACUUUCUUCCCAGUCUGGAACCAGUUUUGCUGUCAGGCAGGUAAGAAAUAUCAAUAAUAAAGCAGCCUUCAACAAGGAAAAUGCAUGUAUCUGGGAACAACUCUCCACUGCUGCUCUGAAUAUAUUAUAGUCUGUGGUUAAAGCUUUGUUCGCUUUGGAUUCAGGACCGAAGGAGCUGUGACCGCAAGUAUGUGAUAUAGUAUAGAAGUCUUCCAGGCUGGUUCAGCUCAACUAGUUAUCAUGGAGACUAUCUGGUUCUGCUCCUGCAGUAUGAAGUUUCCUGUAGACUUGCUUAACCCAGUGCUGCCAGGUUAACUGGAAUGGGCCUGCCUUACACAUCGGUCAUUUCUGAAGGCAGCGUAGAUUUUCCAUAUGCAAAGUAGAGUUAUAGGCACCUUAGGCAUGAUGCUGGUCCAAGGAAACUUUGAAAUCCUUAAAAACAAAUAUGUAAAAGGAGAGUUAGUUCCCAUGCAAAUUUCCCAAGUUCAGGUCAGUUCUGCUUUUGCAACUGACUGCAGUUAAAACCUGUACUAAUUAGACAUCAAGUUACCUGGUCAUACUUAGCAACAUAGAGGCAAGUAUCAGUCUAAAUAUUUAAUCCUUUGUCAGGGUUGCUUCAUCAAGCAGGUUUUCAUUGUUCUUUAAAGAUCUGUUUGCAAAGUGUAAGGUAGUCUUAAUAAUAGUGAAGGUUGUUACUGUUUUGGUGCUAAGGACAUUUCUUUUUCCCUGUGUAAGUAACUUGACAAUAUCAGACACAAGUUACCUUAAAGAUGUAUGAAUGCUACUUCAGUUAAAAAGCAAUCAAAAUCAUCUUUGUCAAUGCAUACACUUGCUGAUAUAUUUAGUUCCCGUCUGUAUGGAUACAGGUUCCAUUAUUUGCAAUAUUUCUGUUCUUAGUUUCUUUCCUAAGUGCAGCAAAUAGAUUUCUUCUUUUUAUAAGUGCCUAUGGGAGGAUUUCCAAAAGUGCUUAAGGCCCAGCUGAGUGUCCGAGGAGUUUAGAUGCCCAGGUUCCCCUGGCAACUUUUGAAAAAUCCUCCUGCUGUGUCUUCAGAUCAGGAUGGAGAAGUGUCCUUAAGUGUCUGCACAGAGGUGAUGUAGAUGGUGUGCGAUCACUUUCCAUUGUUUCUCUAGCUGAGUUUCUAAUUUUAUAGUAGAGAAAGGUAGACAUACGGAACAUUAGCCUUCCAGCUGAGAGCCAGACCAAACCCAUUACUUGCGCUGGUGACGAGCUGCUCCCCUAAGUCCAGCCAAGGAAGCAGUGAGCUUGCCCACCCAGCAGUGAUGGAGCUUGAUCCCUGGCCCUAUCGGUUUUAUGUUGUGUAUUUAUUUAUUCAACAGUGUUAAGUAAAUGUGUAUUGGUGUUGACUAGCUGGCUUGGAAUUGGAGUUUUACACGUUAUGCUCUGUUGACCCGAAUGUGCAUGGUUUUGAGCACUUCCCUGUACAUUCUGACCUGCGUGGAGGCGCCAGAUGCUGAGCGUCUGAUACUGAUGGCACCUUAUGGGAUCUGACAGCUAAGUAGCAAAUUCAGGCACCAUGCAAUCCAUCAAGAGGAUUCAGUCAGCUUGUUAGAAGUAGCGACUCCAGGCACUUUACUGAAACAGGAUGUUGACUGAGGGACUGAGAGUUAAAGCCUCUCAAGGCCAUGUAGUGACUUAGUGCUCUCUGUAAGUGGUCCUUCAGCGUGCAAUGGGGAGAGAGGACUUUCAUGCUCUACAUGCACUGUUCUGCUGAUACUCCAAAAGGCCACUAUACUUUUAUUGGCUUUCCCAAGUUAUUAAAGGAUUUAUUUUUAUUCUUUUUUUUUUAGUAGAACAAAGUCCAUUGGAAUGCUAAAUCAAUCAAAAAAAAAAUGUUUGCUUUUCCGCCUUUCUCUCAUGGUCACCAACCAUUCAGGUACAAGGUCAAGUUUUGUGUUGUUCCAGAUAUACUGAAGUGUUACCUGUGGUAUUUACAAAUCCCUGCAGAUGUAUGGUUUCUUUUCUGUAUUAAAGUAUAAAUUAUAUGUGG